AUGUUAUUAUGUCAGUAUUCAAAAUAUUUCGAAGAUUUAUAUCCAUAUUAUAAGGAUACAAAUAUAGAAAUUCACGAUUCAUACAAAGAAGAGAUAUUUUCUAUCUUCAUUGAGAUGGCCCAUGGCAAUGAAGUUGAAUUAACGACACCUAACGCAUAUGUCCUUCUAAGAUUAGCUCAUGAAUGGAAGGCAAAUAGAAUUGGACAAGUUGUUGAAAACUACAUCAACGGGAAACCGGAAGCAGAAAUCAAAUUAUACGGAAUUGUUGAUAAUUUUAUUGCUUCAAAUCGCUUACCAGAUUCAAAAGACUUUACAACUGAAGAGUUUGAUAGAAUGCUACAACUAGAAAGUUGUCAUUCACUCAAUCAAAAGCUUCUAUUUUCAUUUUUAGAGUGUUGCAAGGAUACUAAGGUCGAUCAGAAGCAUCUUAAUAAGUUUGUUGUAGAGCAUCUUAAAAAUUAUUCGGGCCAACCAGAAAGAUUUGUACCAUUUUUAACUUGGGAAAAAUUAUCACAAGAAGACUUCAAAUAUUUCUAUACACAAAAGCAAUAUAAACAAUUCAAUGCAAUAAAAACAGAAAGAGAAAGGCGUCGUACUUUAGAAAAACAAAAAUCUCAUAAAAAAGAAGAAUCAACUACAUUUUCUUCGACAAAGACGUUAAAAAUCAAACCACCUAAAUACGGGCUUAUUGCCAAAAUAAGUACAGGAUUAGGAAAUCCUAUUCGAAGUGGAAUUGUUGAAAUUUCAGCAUCAUCAAAUGAUCCAUCAAAUUUAGGAUCAGAAAGUGGAGGUUUGCUAACAGUUAUUAAGACAAGCCCAGAAAUUAAUUUUUGGCUGAAUUCUCCUUCAGAAGUUCAUAAAAUUUCAAUUACUGCUGGAACAUCAGAUGUUUCGAGACAUAUAAUAAUUUCAGGCUCUAAAGAUCAAUCAGAUUGGGUUCCUCUUGUAAAAGGACUUAAGAAACGUAUAAAAAGUGGAGAAUCUCAAGAUAUUGAAAUUGAAAACGACUCAGACUUUUUAUUUUAUAGAAUUAAGUUAGAAACAAAGAAAGAAUCAAAGCUAUCAGUAUCUAAAGUUCAAUUAUUUGAUGAAGAAGAUAAAGCAUUGCCAUUUUUUGUUUCAUCAAAUGGAAAUCACUUGACAUCAGUAAUAUCACCAAGACAUAAACAUCAAUGGUUUUCAAUGGCAGGACGAGGACAAUGGCUACAAUAUCAUUUUCCUAAACAUAUUUUCGUAUUGACAUCUUAUUCCAUGAAAUGCGGCAAAAUGUGGUUCCCAACUGGCUGGAAACUCUUAGGAUCAAUGGAUGGUAAGAAAUGGGAUACUAUUGAUGAAAAAAGACAAAGUACUUAUUUCAAUAAGCCAUUUGAGAUUCAUCAAUUUGUAGUAAGAACAAAUGUUAGAGCAAAAUACAUUAGAGUUAAACAGACAAAUAAGACAGCAGACGGAAUCAAUAUUUUAUGCAUCAGUGGAAUGGAAUUUUUCGGAACUUACGAAGAUGAAGAGAAGACACAACAAUUAAUUGCAACAUCGACGGCAAGAAGAAAGAAACUUGAACAAAUUUCAUCAUCUUCGUCUUCUUCUAGUGAAGAUGAUUCAGAUUUCGAAGAUGAUGUUGAAGAAAAGAAAGAAGAGAAGCCAAAGAAGAAUCCAGAAAGCAAGAAACUUCUACUUGGAGCUUCAGCUCCAGUCAAAAAGCCAGAGCCAAAGAAAUCAUCUUCAUCAGAUUUCACUUCCGAUGAUUCGGAUGUUGUUACACAAGAAACAAACAAGCCAGAAGAAAAAGAGAAGAAGAUCCAACCACAAAAUCCAAUCAAAGAAGAAAAAGAAAAGAAGAAAGAUGAUGAUAAGAAGAAAGAAGAAGAAAAGAAGAAAUCAUCAUCGUCAUUGUCAUCUUCAUCUUCAUCAGAUUUCGGAUCAACUAUUACAGAAGAAAAGAAACCUUUAGUUGAGGAGAAAAUAUCUUCAGAUUUCGAAUCCACAAUUACAGAAGAAAAAGUUACAAAGAAAUCAGAUGAUGAAAAAGAAGAAACAAAAAAAUCGGAAGUUCAGAAGAAGAAGACUUCUUCUAGUAGUUCAUCAUCAGAUUCAUUCUUCGGAGAAAAGGUUGAAGAAAUCAAAGAAGAAAAAGUCGAAGAAAAGAAGAAAUCUUCAUCAUCUUCCUCUUCAUUCUCUUUGUCAACUUCAUCUGAUGACGAAAAGAAGAAGAAAUCCAAAAGCGAAGGCAACAAAAAGGAUGACGAUCUAAACAAUAAACAUGAAGAAAAGAAAGAAGAAAUCAAAGAAGAAAAAGUUGAAGAAAAGAAGAAAUCAUCUUCCUCUUCAUUCUCUUUGUCAACUUCAUCUGAUGAUGAAAAGAAGAAAUCCAAAAACGAAGACAACAAAAAGGAUGAUGAUCUAAACAAUAAACAUGAAGAAAAGAAAGAAGAAGUCAAAAUCGAAGAACCUAAAAAAGAAGAAAUUAAACCACCAGAACCAAAACAAGAAGAAAAAGUUGAAGAAAAGAAAGUUGAAGUCAAAAUCGAAGAACCAAAAGUUGAAGAAAAGAAAGAAGAAGAGAAAAAGGAUGAAGAAAUGAAGAAAGAUGAAAGUUCAAGUGAAGGAAUCAUCAUUGAAACAAGUAGUAGCAGUUCAAGUGAUAAAGAAGAUAAGAAAGAAAGUUCAUCAUCUUCAUCUUCUUUGUCAUUUGCUUCUUCAAGUGAUGAUGAUAAAGAGAAAACUGAUGAGAAGAAGAAAGAAGAAAAGAAACAAUCAAGUGAUGAUGAUAAAGAGAAAACUGAUGAGAAGAAGAAAGAAGAAAAGAAACAAUCAAGUGAUGAUUUAUCUUUCGAAUCAACUGAAGAAUAUAAAACAAAAGAAGAAGAAAAGAGAAAAGUCAUCGAGCCAUCAGACUUAGAAACACAAGAACUAAAGAAUGACGUUGUUCCGAAAUUACAAUUAGACAACAUUCCAAAGGGAAUCGAAAUGAAGAAACAUUCUCCAAGAAGACAUGAUGAACAAGAGUCAACAGGAAAUCUAUCUUUGAGAGACUCUUUAUCUAUUGGAAAUGUUGCUUCAGAACAAAAUUCAAGCAGAAGACCAUCAGCACUUAAGUUACAUGCAUCAAAUAAUGAUACUGAUGAAGAUUUGCAUGCGAAAUUGAAACUUCCAAAGAGUGAAUCAGAAAGUGCUGCUUCACCAAGAAACAAAGAAGAAGAAAAUCCACCUCCAAUCAAUAGAACAAAUGUUUCUCAUAAAGAAGGAAGCAUGAGUUUCGAAUCAUCUGAUGACAACAAGAAAGGAAGUCAAAAGAAACCUCCUGCUAAAUCAGAUAGCGAAAAGAAACCAGUGAAGAAGACAACAGAAAAUGAUAAGAAGGUAAAGGAACCAAACAAAGAGGCAACUAAAUCACCAAUUAGCUCUCCAAGAAGUCCACGAAGCCCGCGAAGUCCAAGAAAUGCAAUUAGUAAAAAUACUCCAUUCAAAGAAACACAAAAGAAGACAGAACAACCAAAGAAAGACAAUACAACAAAGAAAGUUGAAGAACCAAAGAAACAAGAACAACCAAAGAAAGACGAUACAACAAAGAAACAAGAACAACCAAAGAAAGUUGAAGAACCAAAGAAACAAGAACAACCAAAGAAACCAGAACAACCUAAGAAAGAAGAAAAACAAAGCAAAGGAACUUCAUUGGGAAUUAAAAAUCUUCUCAAAGAUUCAGAAAAGAAACUCGAAAAUGCAGAAAAGAGAGAGGAAAAGAAAACUGAAGAACCAAAGAAAGUUGAGGAACCAAAGAAACAAGAACAACCUAAGAAAGAAGAGCCAAAGAAAGAUCCUUCACUAGGAAUCAAAAAUCUUCUCAAAGACUCCGAAAAGAAAAUUGAAGAAGCCGAAAAGAAACAUGUUGAGUCAAACAAACAAGACGAGCCAAAGAAAGUUGAGGAACCAAAGAAGCCAGAAGAAGAUAAAUCCAAGAAGACUGAAGAGCCAAAGAAAGACGCUUUAGGAAUCAAAAAUCUUCUCAAAGAUUCGGAAAAGAAACUUGAAGAAGCUGAAAAGAAACCAGAUGAGCCAAAGAAAGUUGAGGAGCCAAAGAAACAAGAGGAAUCCCAAAAGAAGGAAGACAAACCUAAGCAAGAAGAACCAAAGAAAGGAACUUCACUUGGAAUUAAGAGUCUUCUUAAGGAUUCAGAAAAGAAACUCGAAGAGGCUGAAACGAAGCCAGAUGAAUCGAAGAAAGUUGAAGAACCGAAGAAGCAAGAAGAACCUCAAAAGAAGGAAGAGAAGCCAAAGAAAGAACAUAAAUCUAAGAAGAGCCAAGAACCAAAUAAACCAGAACAGCAAGAUAAUGAAGAAACAAAGAAGAAAACAUCACUUGGAAUUAAGAAUCGUCUCAAUGAUUCAGAAAAGAAACUCGAAGAAGUGGAGAAGAAGGAAGAAACCAAAUCAGAAGAGCCGAAGAAAGAAGAAAAACCUAAGAAGGAUAAAGAAUCGAAGAAGGAAGAAAAGCCAAACAAUGGAACUUCACUCGGAAUUAAAAAUCUUCUCAAUGACUCUGAAAAGAAACUUGAGGAAGCCGAAAAGAAGGAAGAAGAGCCAAAGAAAGAGGAUAAACCUAAGAAGAGCGAAGAACCAAAGAAACAAGAACAUGAAGAUAAAGUAGAGGAACCAAAGAAACCAGCUAGUGAAUCAAACAAAGUAACUACACUCGGAAUAAAGAGUCUUCUUAAAGAUUCCGAAAAGAAACUCGAGGAAGCAGAAAAGAAAGAUGAAAAAAAAUCCGAAGAAACAAAGAAAUCCGAAGAAACAGAAAAGAAGGAAGAAAAGCCAAAGAAACAUGAAGAGUCAAAGAAACCAGAGACUCAUAAAGAAAAGAAACAUGAAAAAGAUGAAAAGAAAGAAGAUGAACCUAAGAAAGAAAAUCACGAAUCUAAAGAAGAACCAAAGAAGACAGAAGAAAAACCAAAAGAUCAACUACUUACACUUGGCAUCAAGAACUUAUUGACAAAAGAAGGUCCUUUCAAGGAAGACAAGCCUGAAGAAAAGAAGAGAGAACACAAGAAAGUUGAAGAAAAGAAGGAAGAACCAAAGAAAGUCGAAGAAAAGAAAGAGGAACCAAAGAAUGUUGAAGAAAGUCUCUUAUCAAUAAAUCCAGAUGAUAUCCUUGCAAAUCUUUUAGGUGAAGCUCUUGAUCCAUCGCAAGAUGCUCCUCCAAGUCGUGACCAGUCAACCAUUACUUGCGUUCCUGGAAUGGUUGCCGUUCCAGCACUAAUUAGAGCUCAAGCCACAGUUCCACAACAAAAUAAUGACGGAUUGAAUUGGUACGAAAAAGAAUUCAAUGAAGUCAAAGAGAGAGAAAUCAAAUUCGAUGCAAAUGAAGAGAAACAAAAGAAUGAAGAAAGAAUUCAAAAAGAGGAGGAAGAGAAGAAAGAAGCCGAAAGAAAGGCAGAAGAAGAGAAGAAGAAACAAGAAGAGGAAGAAAAGAGAAAGAAAGAGGAGGAAGAAAAGAAACAAAAUGAAGAAGCGGAAAAGAGGAAGAAGGAGGAAGAAGAAAGGCAGAAAUUAGAAGAAGAAAAACGAAAGAAAGAAGAGGAAGAGAGACUUAAGGCCGCCGAAGAAGAAAAGAGAAAGAAAGAGGAAGAAGAAAGAAAACAAAAAGAAGAGGAACUGAGAAAGAAAGAAGAAGAAGAAAAGAAGAAAGCAGAAGAAGAAAAACAAAAGAAGGCUGAAGAAGAAGAAAAUAGAAAGAAGGAAGAGGAAGAAAAACAAAAAGAGGAAGAAGAAAAGAGAAAAAAGGAAGAAGAAGAAAAGAGAAAGAAGGAAGAGGAAGAAAAACAAAAGAAGGCUGAAGAAGAAGAAAAGAGAAAGAAGGCUGAAGAAGAAGAAAAGAGAAAGAAGGAAGAGGAAGAAGAAAAGAGAAAGAAGGAAGAGGAAGAAAAACAAAAAGAAGAAGAAGAAAAGAGAAAGAAGGAAGAGGAAGAAGAGGAAAAGAGAAAGAAGGAAGAGGAAGAAAAACAAAAAGAAGAAGAGGAAAAGAGAAAGAAGGAAGAGGAAGAAAAACAAAAAGAAGAAGAGGAAAAGAGAAAGAAGGAAGAGGAAGAAAAACAAAAAGAGGAAGAAGAAAAGAGAAAGAAAGAAGAGGAAGAAGAAAAGACGCAAGACGUCACUAAGAAGUCAGUCGAAGUCAUUGCAAUUGAAAGCAGUUCCUCUUUCUUAAGCCUUGAAGAUAGUGAUGAAACAACAAAGAAAGUUACCAAACAAGAAGAAGUAGUAGAGAGUGACUCUGAAUCUCUUAUAUUCGAAGGCACAGAUACAGCUCCACAAGAUCUUUCCAAACAAAAAGAUAACAAAGCUAUAAACAGCAAUGAAGUCAUAGUACUCGAGAAGCCACAAAACCAAGAUUCGAAAUUAAUUCAAAAUCAAACUCAAAAAUCAGAUAUUUCCAGCGAAUUCCUUUCUGAUCUAACUGAUGAUACCAGUAAAAAGCAGGCAGAAAAUAAAGUAGAAAACAAGCAAAAUAAUGCUGAUGCAAAGAAGAAAGAAGAAAGUUCCGGAAUUCUUUCAGAUUUCGCAUCAGAACCCGAAAAGAAAGAAGAAAAGAAAGUUGAUGUGCAGAAAAUUGAUGAUAGUGAUGAUUUCCUUUCAAGUCUAUCCGAAGAUGUUGUUAAAGACCCGGUCAACAUCACAACUAAGAUAGAAAGUGAAAGUAUGUCAUUCGAAGUAAGCUCAGAAGAUGAUAUAUAA